AUGAGCUGCAGCAAUGAAGACGCGAUAAGAAACAUCUCCGUAAAUCUUACAGAGUCUUAUAAAUUAUGUGGACCAUAUGUAGGAAAUAUUGUAGUAUGGAGCCUUACACUUUAUCUGUCUCUCACUAUUAUUGGAGUCGCAGCAAAUCUUCUACUCUUGUUUGCAAUCCACAAAGAUCCUCUGAAAUGUUUCCGGAACCCAACUACCUACUUCAUCGUGAAUGUAGCCAUUACUAAUGUCCUGAACAUACUAUAUUAUGCUGGAGAGAUGCUGGUGUCGCUGACUCUAUGUGUUCCUGUCGCUUGGACUAAGAUAAAUUUAGCAUUUGGAAGUUUUGUGAAUUUCUUAACUUUCCCUUCAGUGACUGCCCUGGCUUUGGAAAGAUAUGUAUCUAUAGCUCGUCCACUAUGGCAUAAAGUUAAUGUCACAUCUCGGCUGUGUUAUAUAUCGAUUGCUGUAGUGUGGGUUGUAUGUUUUAUCCUGACUGGUAUUUCUACAACUUUACAUCUCAAUGAGUUUAUUGUCGCUGGCAUAUUUAUAUUUACUGGAUUUCCAUCUAUAUUUUAUCUCAGCACAGUCCUAAUAUACCUCCUGGCUUAUAUCUCAAUUCGUAAACAAAAGUUGUCGUUCAUGGCUGAAAACUCAAAAUCAGAAACAGAAAAAC